AUUAUAAAGAGAAAUUCGAAACUCUUAUAGCUUCUUCAAACUAGUUGUCUCUAUCGUAGUUUGUAGAAAAAGAAGCGACCAGAAGGAAACCCGAAACCCGGGAAAUGAAUGAAGAUAACCAAAGCAGCUAUGGUCGCUGCUUUGUCGGAGCUUACAAUCAACAACUUCCCCCGCAGUAAUCCUAACCUUGCUACUUUCUUCAACAAAUACGUAGACACCACCAAUGUCUGGUCAUGGAAUUCGGUCAUUGCCGACCUUUCUCGCGCCGGUGAGUCUGUGGAGUCUCUUCUCGCCUUCUCCGCCAUGCGAAAGCUAUCUCUUACCCCAAACCGCUCCACUUUCCCUUGUACCAUCAAAUCAUGUUCCGCUCUCUAUGAUCUUCACUCUGGAAAGCAGACCCACCAACAAGUUAUUGUCUUCGGAUUUCAUAACGAUCUUUUCGUUUCAUCUGCUCUCAUUGACAUGUACUCGAAAUGUGGUCACCUGGAUGAUGCACGCAACCUGUUCGAUGAAUCGCCUCUGAGAAAUGUUGUUUCUUGGACUUCAAUGAUCACCGGGUAUGUCCAAAACGGACUUCCUCAUGAGGCUUUAUCCCUUUUUAAAGACUUCCUGACUGAAGAAAGCAUGAGUGAGAACGAAGACGAGGUGUGCAUUGAUUCAGUUGCUAUGGUUUCUGUCCUUGCCGCUUGUUCUAGUACUUCAAGUAAGAGCAUUACAGAGGGUGUCCAUGGGGUCGUUGUCAAAAAGGGAUUUGCAGAAAAUACAAAAAUUGGGAAUACUCUGGUGGAUGCUUAUGCCAAAUGUGGUCAGGUAGCUUUCAGUAGGAAGGCCUUUGAUGAGAUAAACGACAAGGAUGUCACAACUUGGAACUCAAUGAUUGCAGUUUGUGCUCAAAAUGGAUUCUCUACAGAAGCACUGAAAUUGUUUUCUGACAUGGUGCAAGAUCCAAAUGUUAAAUACAAUGCUGUGACUUUGUCCACUGUUCUGUUGGCUUGUGCUCAUUCUGGUGCUCUACAACUUGGAAAAUGUAUACAUGAUCAGGUCAUAAAGAUGUGUCUUGAAGAGGAAGUAAUCGUGGGCACAUCAAUUGUGGACAUGUACUGCAAAUGUGGAAGAGUAAUGACUGCAAAAAGAAGCUUUGACCGCAUAAAGAACAAGAAUGUAAAAUCAUGGACUGCAAUGGUUGCAGGUUAUGGGAUGCAUGGUUAUGCUAAAGAAGCUUUAAACAUGUUCUAUGAAAUGAUUCGUGUUAAAAUAGUCCCAAAUCACAUAACAUUUGUAUCAGUUCUAUCUGCAUGUAGUCAUGCAGGUAUGGUUGAUGAAGGGUGGCACUGGUUUCAAACCAUGAAACAUAAAUACUCUAUUGAGCCAGGUGUUGAGCACUACAGUUGCAUGGUUGAUCUUUUGGGGAGGGCGGGUUUUCUUGAUAAAGCUUAUGAUCUGAUCAAGAAAAUGAAGGUAAAGCCUGAUUUUGUUGUGUGGGGUUCACUUCUUGCUGCGUGUAGAAUGCAUAAGAAUGUAGAGCUUGGGGAGAUUUCAGCAAGACAUCUUUUUGAGCUUGACCCUGAAAACUGUGGAUAUUAUGUUCUACUUUGUAACAUGUAUGCUGAUGCGGGAAGGUGGGAGGAUGUUGAAAAGAUGCGGGUUUAUAUGAAGAAUCAUGGGUUGAGUAAAACACCAGGGUUUAGUUUGGUUGAAUUAAAAGGUAGGGUUCAUGUGUUUCUGGUUGGGGAUAAAGAGCAUCCUGAUCAUGAGAAGAUUUAUUUGUAUUUGGAAGAAUUGAUGAUGAAGGUGCAAGAAGCUGGAUAUGUAGCGAAUAUGACAUCUGUUUUACAUGAUAUUGAUAAAGAAGAGAAGGAAAUGACAUUGAAGAUUCAUAGUGAGAAACUGGCUGUUGCUUAUGCGAUUAUGAAUUCGGUUCCUGGGACAUGUAUCCAGGUGAUGAAGAACUUGAGGAUUUGUGGUGAUUGUCAUGAGACUAUAAAGUUGAUAGCCAAGAUUGUGGAUCGUGAAAUUGUUGUGAGAGAUUCGAAGAGGUUUCAUCAUUUUAGUCAUGGAUUGUGUUCUUGUAAGGAUUAUUGGUAAAUGGUGAUACAUUUGGUAUUU